AUGAUGCAAGGUCGAAGCUUCUCUCAACUACAUCCUCAACACUGCUAUCUCGAACAACACAGCCGUUCGAAAGAUAAGAUAAUCCUAGCAUCCGAAAACUCACAUCCCGUCCAACCAAACUCCCACACGUCCUCUAACCAGCCCAUCUCCAACAUGGGCUCCCGCAUCCCGCCCCGCCCUCGCGAAGAUCUGAGCCCUGAGGAACAAAACACUUACGAUGAGUUCACGCAAACAGCCGAACAGGGCUUCGGUAAGAAUAAGGAGAAGUUCACGUAUAAGGAUGAACGGGGUGCUUUUGUGGGGCCUUAUGCGCUGUUUACGGCAGCACCGAAGGUGGGGAGGUUGGCGAUGGAGUUGGUUUAUAGCAUUGGAGAGUUACCACUACCGGCUGAUGUCAAGGAGACGGCGAUAUUGACUUGUGGAGGCCACUUCCAGGCGGGGUAUGAGUUGUAUGCUCAUGAGGCAGUUGCGACCAAGUCUGGAGUCCUGAGCCAGCAGCAAGUGGAUGCCAUCAAGAAGGAUCUGAAGCCAGGGCAACUGAACGAGAACUGUAGUCUGGCGUACGAUGUGGCGAAGCGUCUGUGUAGCAGACCUGGACCUCUACCGCAGGAGAUGUGGGACAGUAGUGUCAAGGCUUUUGGAAGGGAGGGUACGAUUGCGUUGGUGCACUAUAUCGGCUUUUAUGCGUAUUUGUGUAUUGCGCUCAAUGCUGUUGAUGUGCCGGUACCUGAGUGA